UCGAGAACCUAUAUAAGAGAGACCAAUCAAAACUCCCUGAAAGCACACAUCUCAUAACCUAAUGUCGUCUCAAGAAACCAAUCAAGAUCAAAGAAAAGGAGCAGAAAUCGUCAAUGGCGUAUUAAUAUGCAAACAAAAAGCCCACGAGAUCUUAUCAACCAUGAACUUACCUAAGGGACUUCUCCCUUUAGACACAAUGACCGAGAUCGGUUUCAACAAAUCGACCGGUUAUAUAUGGAUCAAGAUGAAGAACAAGGUUCAGCACAAGUUUAAAGCCAUCGGCAAAAACGUAUCGUACGACUCGGAGGUUACGGCUUUCGUCGAGAAACGUAGGAUGCGCAGUCUUACUGGAAUCAAGAGCAAAGAGCUUUUGAUUUGGGUUACCAUCUCUGAGAUUUACGUUGAUGAUCAAGAUACGACUAAAAUCACUUUUGCUGGUCCGUCCGGGUUGUCACGUUCUUUUCCUGUAUCUGCUUUCGAGGAUGAGAAAUGA